AUGGAUUUGCCGGAUGAAGAGGAGGUCUUCGGCGCGGCCAUCGUUAUUGGUUCUGAAACCACUGAAGCCGAGAAGGAAUAUGAAAAAGUCCUGGAACAAAUGCGUGAGAUGGAAGGUCUUAAGUUCUUCAGUGACGUCUACACCAAACUAUACGACUCUUACUUUAAACUGAAAGGAGAGAAUAUAUCACACCAGGAGAACAUUUCUCAUUUAAUGCAUAAAGUAAGCCGAUAUGACGGAAUUAUAACGGACUAUCUGAACGAAAUAUCUGAUACGAAUAAAACUGUUGACAAGCUAAGAGCAGAGAUAGAGGAGGCACGCGCACUUGCCGAUGCAAUGCAUGCGCGGGAGUUGAAUAGCGUGGAGUCUCUAGAAACUAUGAAGAAAACCAUAGCGCGAUUGGAAAAAGAGCUGGACGCUAGAAAACGAGCAGGAGACGACGAUGCGGGUGCGACUUCAGCUGUGAAGGAAAAAGAAAAAUUUGAAAAAGAAAAAGCACGCCUACAAGGUGAGCUAGACGGUGUUAAACUACGGUUGACAAAUGCCCUGAAUUUCAUUGAGGAGUUGGAGCAGAGGAACACAGCUGCUGAUGAGAAUAUCGCAAAGUUAGAAGAACAGCUUGAGGAAGCUGACAAUAAUGCUGUGAGACAAAACAGACUUGUAGACCACUUAAAAGGUGAGAGUGAUACACUAAAAAGUGAAGUGGAACACCGAGGCAAAGAGAUUUCCAGUCUAAAAGAUAAGCUCUCGAAAGCGGAAAGAACGAUUGAUCGCCGUGACAGACAACUCAAAGAUAUGGGACAUAAGCUGGAAGUAGCUCGGACGGAACAAGAAGCAGCUUCAACGAAAGCAGCUCAACUCAGGGAACAGCUCGACUCCACUAACAUUGAAUUCGACAAAAUGAAACAAGCUUUUAAUAAUACCACAAAAGAACUUAAGAACGCGACGGAUGACGGCAACCGCCUCCGCAAUGAAGUGUCGAAGUUGACAAAGCAAGGAGUGCAACAGAUGAAAAAAUACCAACUUCUCGAACAAGCUAAGGCGGGCGUAGAACACGAUCGUGAAAAUCUAAGGCAGCAAGUGAGUGUUAUGGAAAGGGAAAUAAUGCUCAAUAACAAACAGGCUGAAUCAGACCGUAGGGAUAUCGAGAAUCUUAAUCGAGAAAAAGAAAUCUUAAAUAAAAACAUGCAGAAGAUUCAAAAUGAGGCAAUGGAGAAUCUUCUAGUAAUAAAUCGUCAGGAACAGAGACGUAAACAGUUGGAACAUGAACUGGAUGUUAGCGCUUCGCAGGUCAAUAAACAAAGACUCAUCAUACGACAGCUCGAAAAGGAUAAAGACAGAAUGCUCGAAGAAACGAUCGCCUUAAAUGAAAAGAUAGACGAAAUAUCAGAGGAAGUACGACUCCGUACAGCAGACAUCUUGGAUCUUAAGAAGGCCCUUCGCGAUGAGACCAUCAAAGGACGGAAGCUUUCUGUAGCGCUGGAUGCUACACGGGCUGAAAGGAAUAUGCUGCAUAAAAACUAUACAGAGGCACUAGAUGAGAUUCAGGACCUGAAACAGAAGCUAAAAAUGUUAGCGUAUCAGAUAGAGCAGUUAAAAGAAGACAUAAGCGGUAAGGAGAGUGGUCUCAAGUCCUGCGAGGGGACUUUGAUGAAGUGUAAUAAGAAGAAUGAUCAGUUACGAGCAGAAGUUCAAGCGGGGUUGGUCAAGUUGUCUGAAGCGAAAGCCGACAUCACUGCUCUCAGGCAAGAGGAAGCUAGGCUCAACAGAAUUUUGCAGGAAAGUGAUACAGCCCGAGCGAAACUUACGAAGGAGCUAGAGGGUCUAGUGAACGAAAGAGACGUGGUAGGGGCCCAAUUGGUUAGACGCAACGAUGAAAUCUCUCUACUCUACGAAAAGAUACGCAUACUCGAAGUGACUCUUCACAGGGGUGAGCGGCAAUACGAACAAAGAGUAGAAGACAUCCGUUUGCUACGAUUAGAGAUAAUACGACUUCGCAAAGAAAAGAACCUCCUCUCGAAAGGCAUUGAAAAUAUGACGGAUUUGAGAUUAGAGGUCUUCAACCUAGAACGAGAGCUUGGCCGCGAAAGGCUAAGGGUAAGAGCUUUGGAAGAGGCAUUAGAGACCCCUCUAAACGUACAUAGAUGGCGUAAGCUACAGGGAACAGACCCAGAGAGCGUACAUCUGACGCAGAAACUGAGGUUGACACAGAAGAAGGUAUUAGCUCAAAGCGAGAUGCUGGUAGCAAAAGAUCGAGAGUUAAAAGAGACAAGGAACUUGUACGGUGCCGUCAAAGACAUGUUGGCGCUUCAACCGAGCCCGGAAAUUCAGCAAACCCUGAACAGAACGCAACGAGCACUAGCGCAAAGGACGUCGAAAAUGAAGUGCCUAAUAGCUGAGCUAAGUAUGCGAGAGAAACAAGUGACGGACCUCCGGUUAGAACUGGAUAAGGUGAAUGAGGACCUCAACGGUUUCAAGCAGAAGUAUUACGAAAUGAAGAGGGCGCUUGAUGCAGACGAGGCGAGGCGACUGAAAGUGCCCACACCUGUUACUCCAGUUUGA